AUGACAUCUCAAGCAAUCAAAAACGCAACAAAAUUCCUUAAACAAUACACACCAUGUGAUAUCAGUGAUGGUUUAGUUAAACAUGGUUUAAAAAAUGGUGGAUUUUUCCCCAAUUUAAAACAAUAUUCUUUUAAUCCAACUACAAAAAAUUCAAUAGCUGGUCCUGCAUAUACUGUAUUAUAUGCACCAUCAGAAGAUCCAAGACCAGCAGUUAAAGGUGGCUAUAUAGAUACAGUACCAGAAGGUUCAGUUGUUGUUAUUGGUGUAACAAAAGAAUUACAAACCAGGUAUGCACCUUAUGUCACUGUUAAUAAUGCUCUUUAUGGUGGAUUAAUGAGUACAAGAGCUAAAUAUUUACAAGCAAAUGGUACUGUUGUAUUUGGUAGGAUUAGAGAUGUUAAUGAACAUCGUGAUUUAGAAUAUCCAGUAUUAGCUUAUGGUUUGGGUACUACUGCAUCUCAGGGGACUGUUAAAGUUGUGGGGAUUAAUGUUCCCCUGGAAAUAAAUAUUGGUAAUGAUGAUAAAUAUGAAGUUAUAAAACCUCAAGAUUUAAUAAUUGCUGAUGAAAAUGGUGUUGUUAGAAUUCCUGAUGAUGUGGAUUUAGAUAGUCUUUUUGAUUAUGCUCCUAAAAGAGUUAAAGCUGAUCAAUUAGUUUCAGAGGAUAUUAAAGCUGGUAAACUUGCAGUUCCUUCACAAAAAGAACAUAGAUCAAAGAUAUAA